AUGGAGAUUUCUUCCCACCAGUUUCACCUCCUGGAGCAGCUCAACGAGCAACGGAAGCAGGACUUGUUCUGUGACUGCAAUAUCCUGGUGGAGGGCAAGGUCUUCAAGGCCCAUCGCAAUGUGCUGUUUGCCAGCAGCGGGUACUUCAAAAUGCUCCUCUCACAGAGCUCGAAGGAGACCACUCAGCCAACAACAGCUACUUUUGAGGUCUUCUCUCCAGAGACGUUUAUGGUUAUCCUGGACUUUGUGUAUUCAGGCAUAUUGUCCUUAACUGGUCAGAAUGUGAUCGAGGUGAUGUCUGCUGCCAGCUACCUGCAGAUGACAGAGAUCCUGAAUGUCUGUAAGACAUUCAUUAAGUCCUCACUGGAUAUUAAUGAGAAGGAAAAGGAUCAUUACCUCAGCCUUUCGGCCAAAAGUACAAGCAGUGAACCAGCUCAUCCACCCCUUUACCGCUCAAGAAGGAAAGCCAAGAGCAACCCAAGGCGUUCCUGUUCCAUCCCGGAUGAAAAGACUAACGCAGCAAAUGAAAACUCCUGGAGCAGCUACAGCAGCUGCCUGUCCUCGCAGGUGGUUCUGCAGCGGCCAGAGACGCAGCUCUCCAGAAGAAGCAGGAAACAGAGCGCGACGAGGAAACGCCGGAAGCACCUGGGGCUGUCCCAGGGCCGGGACACCGCGCAGCACAAGACCCACCGGGCGGAGCGGGUGGGCGGGGCCGGCAGUGCCCCCGCUCCCAGCCACAUCGCCCGGGAAGAGGCGGAACUGGAUGCCGAGAAUGAUGCUGAUCGCGGGUACAACAACGACUCGGAGGUGAUGCCGAAGAGGUUCCCAGAUGACCUACCUCGGAUGCGAUUCAAGUGCCCCUUCUGCACACACACGGUGAAGCGACGGGCGGACCUGAAGAGACACCUUCGGUGCCACACAGGGGAGAGGCCCUACCCUUGUGAAGCCUGUGGGAAAAGGUUCACCCGCCUGGAGCAUUUACGGAACCACUUCCAAACGAUACACCAGGCUGGCAAACUGAUCUGCAGGAAAUGCAAGCGCCACGUGACUGACCUAACAGGGUGUGUUGUUCAGCAAGGAACAAGACGCUACAGACUGUGCCACAAAUGUCUGGCAGAAGCUAAUUUUGACAGCAUCCCUGAUGAUUUAGAUGCAGAACAUUCCCCUGACUCCUCCAAGGGAAACAAACGUUCCAAGUGGGCUUUGGAGGAGGAACAGAAAUCAGAUGAAGAGACAAUGGAGGAGGAACCAUAUAACUUGGUUGUCCGACAUGUUAAUAGUGAUAUUCCAGAUGAGGUAGAUGAAAAGGUGAAACCAAAUCUUAGGUAG